AUGAACACAGUAACAAUGCUACAGUCAAACAGAUCAGCUCGGACUGUGCCGUCAUCUGCUGUACCCCGGCCACUUGCCUAUCAAGAUGCAACGUCGAAGGUCCCUACGUAAGGAUUUCAAUUGGGCAGAUUGGAUCGUCAGGGGUCUCGUUGAUGCGCGCCCAUCUCCCACUGAAACAUCGUGUAUCAUGGGCUGUGCCUCCUUCUGCUCCUUAUAGUUACAUACUUUCGGUACGCCUAUCGUUUUCCCUCCAGUCACUCAUUCACCCAUUCAUUCAUUCAUUCACUCAUUCCAUUCACUCCUUUCAUGCGACGGCGCCAUUCAUCCCAUCUCUCUCCAAUCCUUCCUUAAACAGUUUGCUCGAAAUCCAACUACUGUACUUUCCUUUUUUUCGUCCGAGCAAAACAAGCAAACACGGAUCACGCCACGGGGUCACAUUAGUUCGAGUUUUCGAGCCCGCGAGCUCGGCAACAUCCGAGCCUUACUGAGCAAAAUCAUUCGGGUAAUGAAGAGGACGAUCGGGAAGCCAGAAAGACAGUCUUGGAUUUCGCAAUUGCAUCGAGAGCGCCGUACACCUCGUAACACACCAUGAGUCCCCUUCCAGCCGACCAGGCGGCGGCGACAUCGCCGUCGGUCAAGCACGUCGCCCGAUCAAUCUUACACCUCCUGAGAACGCGCGACGACGACGCCAAAUGCCACCCCCAGCCAAACAUCGACCUGUGCGAGAAGCCCGAGGCGGCCAGUAAUACGACCACCAUCGUGCUCAGCGUCCUUGGCGGCAUCCUAGUAAUCGGCACCAUCUCAACCCUAAUAGUCUUCCACCUACGGCGCCAGCGCCGCGACGCGCAAGAGUGGCCCAAGAGCCAGCAGGAGCUCGAAGACUACGGCAUCGGGCCCAUACCUUCCACCACCAAGACCAGCACCGCCGGCGGCGGCGCGCCCCCGCGCCCCAAGAACGCGUACCGACCCCCGCACGUAGAAUCCGAAGGCGAUAGAAAUGGCAACAGCAAUCAUCUUUCGGCGCCGGGCGGAGCCCGCCGCGACUCGCUGAAGUCGCUGGCGCGCUCGAUCCGCGGGAACCCGGCGUCGCGGGGCGACGACGUCGUCACGCAUGACAUGAAGCCUGUGGAGCCGGCUAGUCAGUUAUAGUCACGCGUGUAGGAGAAGAAAAACGAAAAAGAAAUGGCCAAAAAAAAUGAAGGGGGGAAGGGGAGGAAGUGGGGAGGGAAGGAGG